AUGCCUACAAUGAUUUCAAAGACACCAAACGGUGUCGCCCCAACACAAGCUGAGAUUUCCGGUAUUCUCGAUAGCAUUUUCGAAGCCAAAACUUCCGCUGCAUCAGUUGAUGCGUCUUACGCUCUCUGCGAUCUCCUUCUCAACUCGGUCGGUUUUCGGGGACUUCAGGAGUAUGGUAUCUUAGCACAGAUCAAGAAAGCUGCGGCCGAUAAGAAGAGUGGAACUAGAAGAGAAAGUGCUCAAAAUCUUUUGGGUGCUCUCUUUGAACGCUUCCCCCCUAAGCAAAAGAUCUCCGAGGUUGUCUUCCUUUUGCAAGAUGAUAGCACGGUGCCAUGUGCACUCGACGCUCUUGCAGAUAAGGGUGCAGUAGUCCGCGACGCUGCCCAAUAUGCUCUUGAUGCUUUAUUCUCCAACUUGAACGCUGAAGCUCUCGUCGUCGGUCUCCUUCCAAUUCUCGUCACAUAUCUUGCCAAGCGCACCGGAAAAUGGCAAGGAACAGUCGCCGCCUACAAGUUGAUACAAAAGAUGGCCGACAAGGCACAAAUGUCCGUCGGUGGCACCAGGGAAGAAGCUGAUGAGAAGGAUUUGUUAAGAGAGAUCAUGGGCGUAAAGCUGGCACAAUUGAUUCCUCUUGUCGAGGCUGGAAUGCACGACUUAAAGUCGGAGGUUGAGAAGCAAUCCGUCAUUACUAUGACUUCUAUGACCACUCUUCUUUCCAACGACGAUGUUGCUCCAAGAAUCCCACUUUUGAUCGAAACUAUGCAAAAGCCAGGAAAGGAGACCCUUCAAAAGGCUAUUCACGCUUUGUCGCAAACCACAUUCGUUGCUAUUGUAACAUCUCCCGUCCUCGCUCUCCUCACACCUCUUCUCGAAAGAUCUCUCAAUGAUCGCUCUACUGCGCAAGAAGUCUUGAGACAAACGGUUGUCGUCGUUGAGAACUUGACAAAGUUGGUUCAUGAUCCCGUUGAGGCUCGUACUUUCUUGCCAAAGUUACAACCUGGUGUGAAAGGUGUUCAAGAACGUGCAUCUUUGCCAGAGGUUAGAGAAAUGGCUGAUCGUGCCAUGAAGGUCAUGGACAAAGCCAUGAGUGAUGAUGCCGGUAACGUUGCCAAUGGCAUAAGCCUAAACGCUAAAGUCACCGCCGAUGAGGUUUCCAAGGUCCUCGACUCCGAAAUUAAGAAAGCUGGUGGAAUCGCUGGUGACUUGGAUAUUUUCAAGCUUGCCAAGCCAUAUAUCUGUGGUAUGGUCGUUGAGAAUGUCAACCAUCGUACAACUGAUCGCAUCGCAUCCAACAUCACACCUUACCUUGAGCAAAUCAUGAAAGAAUCAGGAUCCGCUGCCACUGUUGGUGACGCUGUUCAGCAGUUCUACGUCGACGAAGACCACCGAAAGUUUGGAGAACCAGUAAAAGAAGAUGAUGGCGAAGUUGAAAUCGUCAACACAAACUUUUCUUUGGCAUACGGAGGUAUGCUUUUGCUCAACCACACCAACUUGCGCCUUCUUAAGGGCCACAGAUACGGUCUUUGUGGUCGUAACGGUGCUGGAAAAUCGACACUCAUGCGUGCCAUUGCAAACGGUAAACUCGAAGGUUUCCCAAGUCAAGAUGUUCUCCGAACAUGCUUUGUCGAACACAACCAAGGAGAGGACGCUGAUAUUAGCAUUUUGGAAUUCGUCGCAAAGGAUCCAGAGAUUGCAAAGGAAGGUCGUGAACGUAUUUCCGAGGUUCUGACUGAGGUCGGCUUCACUGCCGGUCCAGAAGGUCGCCAAUCCGAGAAGGUCGGAUCACUUUCAGGAGGUUGGAAGAUGAAGCUUGCUUUGGCUAGAGCUAUGUUGAUGAAAGCUGAUGUCCUUCUUCUUGACGAACCUACCAAUCAUUUGGAUGUUGCCAACGUUAAAUGGUUACAAGAAUACUUGAAAGCUCACACGGAGAUCACCAGUUUGAUCGUUUCUCACGAUUCUGGGUUUUUGGAUGAAGUUUGUACCGAUAUCUACCAUUAUGAACCAGGAAAGAAGCUCGCUGUUUACAAGGGUAACCUUGCUGCUUUCGUAAAGCAAAAGCCUGAAGCGAAGAGUUACUACACCCUUUCUGACUCUCUUGUCAAAUUCAAGUUCCCUCCUCCUGGUAUACUCAGUGGUGUCAAAUCUCAGACCAAAGCCAUUCUUAGAAUGACCAACUGCUCAUACACUUAUCCUGGCGCCACCAAGCCAUCUCUCUUCGAUGUUUCCUGUCAAUUGACUUUGUCUUCCAGAACCGCCAUCAUCGGAGGUAAUGGUGCCGGAAAGUCUACUUUGAUUAAACUGCUCACGGGCGAAACCAUUCCAACUGUUGGUACUGUAAACAAACAUCCUAACUUGCGUAUCGGAUACAUUAAACAACACGCUUUGGAGCACGUUGAGAUGCAUUUGGAGAAGACUCCCAAUCAAUAUCUCCAAUGGCGUUAUGCUAACGGAGACGAUCGUGAAGUCCACAUGAAGCAAACACGUAUCUUGUCCGAUGAGGAUAAGGCUCAAAUGGAAAAGUUGGUUGAUCUUGGUGAUGGAUCAGGUGGAAAGCGUAUCGAAGCUAUUAUGGGUCGUCAAAAGUGGAAGAAGACUUUCCAAUAUGAGAUCAAGUGGGUCGGAUUGUUGCCAAAGUACAACUCUCAAAUCUCUCGGGAAACUUUGGUCUCCCUUGGAUUCAAUAAAUUGAUCCAAGAAUUUGACGAUCACGAAGCAUCACGUGAAGGUCUCGGUUUCCGCGAGCUUACUCCAACUGCCAUCUCUCAACAUUUCGAGGACCUUGGACUCGAUCCAGAAAUUGCCAAUCAUAACGAGAUCUCUGGUCUAUCAGGAGGACAAAAGGUCAAGGUUGUCAUUGCAGGAGCUAUGUGGAAUAACCCUCAUCUUUUGGUUCUUGACGAACCUACCAAUUUCUUGGAUCGUGAUUCUUUGGGAGGUCUCGCUGUCGCUAUUCGUGACUACAAGGGUGGUGUAGUCAUGAUUUCUCACAAUGAAGAGUUCGUUGGUGCUCUUUGCCCUGAACAAUGGCAUGUCGUUGCUGGUCGUGUUAUCCAUAAGGGAACCAUGGCUAUCUCAGCUGAUCGUUUUGAGGAUAGUAGACCAUCAAGUGGCUUCAACAGCAGCGUUGCAAGUGCUGCAACUAGUGCAAAUGCCAGCGCUGUUAACAGUGGAGUAGAAGAUAAUGGAGAUUUGGGCUUCAAGGCGAAGAAGAAGAAGAAGAAGACUAAGAAGGAGUUGAAAGAUCAAGAAUCUAGAAGAAGACUCAGAAUUAUUCAAUGGUACAACAUGCCAAAGGGUACUCCACCGCCAGUAGACACAGACGACGAGUCAUAG